UCCACCGCUCGCUUUCGCUUUCGCUUCCCGCUCCGCCGCCCGCUUUCGUUUUCGUUCCCCGCUUCGCCCGCGGUUCCCGCUUCAGCUCCGAGCGCUGAGGAUACGCCCCGCCGGCUCAUGGGGGCCGUUCAGAGUUACGUUUCAGGUUUCUUCAGAUGGAAGCCCGCUUUAGGGUCAAGCAUGGUAAUGGAUGAGUUCAAUUUGAUGAUCCCCAUCGGUAAAGAUGCCUAUGAAGCUCUUAAGAGAAGAGAGAACUGUCUAAAUAAUCUUGUUUCCAAAAAGUUUGCUUGUACAUUGGCCUUCAGAAAAGGAACAAAACGCACUGUUGAAGUAUACAGGAAAAAAGUAAAGUCAGGCAUUGACAUUUAUGUUUAUAAGGAUGAUCUCACAAGACACAAGGUUGAUGCUGUGGUGAAUGCAGCCAAUGAGUAUCUUGGACAUGGAGCAGGUCUUGCUCUUGCCCUUGUAAAAACUGGAGGGCCAGAAAUACAAGAGCAAAGCAAUCUUUAUAUUCAAAGGAAUGGAAGAAUCCAAGUUGGCAACAUAGCAGUGACAGGUGGAGGGAUGCUUCUUUGUAAGGAAGUUAUUCAUGCAGUUGGUCCAAAGUGGAAUCCUCAUGAAAAAGAAAGAUGUUGUUACCUACUUCAGGAAGCUAUUUUGAAUGUUCUGCGUUAUGUUAGUGCUCCAGGAAAAGCUUUAAAGUCUGUGGCUAUCCCAGCAGUGAGUUCAGGUGUCUAUGCCUUCCCAGUUGAUUUGUGUUCUCAAGUGAUAGUAAUGGCUGUAAAGGAAUUUGUUGAGGCAAGUUCACCAAGCUGUCUCAGGGAGAUCCGCCUGGUGAACAUUGAUGAGUCCACAGUUGCAGAAAUAAAGAAGGCCUGUGAAAAGUUUCUGGGUGAUACCAAUUCACUUGAAGACACUGUGUCAGCUUCACCAAGCCAGUUUCCAACUCACCUCAAACAUGGAAACAUUCGUAUGCGCAUUGUAAAACAAUACCCUCAAAAUCUGAAGAAUACAGCUAUUGUUAAUCCCCUGAAUGCAAGGGGUGAGCCUUCCUCUCAAUCUUCAAGACAACUGCUGGAAAAAGAAGGAACAGCUUUUCAGAAGGAACUUCAGUAUCAUUUGAGACAUCCAACACGUUCUAAGGAGCCCAUAGUAACCAGAAGGCACGAGCUGCCCUCUACAUUUGUACUGCACGUGGCAUUGCAAUGCCAGCAUCCGGUGUUACAGUGUGAGGAAUUGAAGGAUGCAGUGAAAAGAUGCCUGGAUCACUUUCAGGACAUCUCAUCUCCCUCAGUUUCUUUUCCAGUAAAUUGGUCACCAGCGCUGCCUGUUGACAUAGUGGCAGAGACCAUGAUUGAAGCAGUUUUAAAUUUUUCCAGAGCAUAUCCUAUGAAGAAGAGAGAAGUGCAGAUUGUCGUUUGCCCAGAUGACCCUGAUGCCUAUGGGGUUGUCCUGAGAAAAUUUUAUUCAGCAAAACGCAAACUGGAAAACAGAAGUGAUCCUUUGAGUACAGAGUCAGGCAUUCAGACUGCAGGCAGUGAACCCGUGAUUGAACUUAGAGGGAGCACACCCACAGCACUGGAAGCAGCAGAAUCGUGGCUCCAAAAUGUAAUGCAAAUUCAGGAAAGUCGCUAUGCUGUUAUUGAAAACAACUACAUUUUUUGCCUUGGUAAAGAGGAAUUUGCAGAACUCUCUCGAGUGCAGCCUUCUAGUGUAUGUGUAUCAGAAGAAGUGAGAGAUGGACAAGCAAGACUGAAAUUUCAGGGCCCUCCUGAUGUUUUGAUUGAUACAGUGCUUGCAACUGAAGAAUUACUGCUUCGUGUGCGAGAGAAGACUAUAGCUGAACAAGAGAACCUGCUCUACUUAACGUGCCAACCAGAAGCAGACCAGCUUUCAGAAGACUUUCACAAGACAAGUACCACUGACUACAUCCAGAUUUCACCAGUAGAAUGUCACCUCCAGGAGUUUAAAGACAGACAGAAAGAGUUUGAAAAAGCUGGACUUCGUAUUCUCAGGAUUGAAAAGUUACAUAAUCCACGUCUAUCUGCUGCAUUCCAACGAAUGAAAACAAAGGUAGAUGGUAGCUCCAAAACAACUCACAAGUUGUACCAGAAUGUUCCUGCCGAGUUCUGUCGCUCAGUUUGCCAAACUGGAUUUCACAGGAUGUAUUCUCCACCAAAAGAACAAAAAUACGGAGCUGGCAUCUACUUUACAACGAACCCAAGGUACCUGAGCAAGGGUAAAGCUACAUGGGAAACGGAUUCUAAAAUAUACGUGUUUGAGGCUGAUGUAGUAACUGGCUCAUGCACUACAGGCCAGCCAUCUUGUAUUAUGCCACCAGCAGUGGAGAGGAAUGGCUUUACAUUAUAUGACAGUUUAGUAGAUAGUUUACACCGUCCUGAGAUCUUUGUCAUUUUCAAUGGUUUUGCAGCCCUUCCGCAGUAUUUGCUGACUUGUUCCCCACUGACCAAGAGGUAUAUAGCUCCUGGAGGAAACAAGCAGGAUCCUCAGUGGGAAUAA